GUUCGCUUGAACAGGAUCAACAACAUGGAUGGUUACAGUCAGCGGUUUGACUCUACUGCGGGACGGGACUGCAAACCACAGAAGAAGAAGGGCGCUUCCAACCACACCACAUGUUACGACGAGGGAGACCGCAAACCGAAGUUUCACUUACCAUUUAGGAAUAUCACAGAUGAUGUGUUGGACAGAUUCGCCAGCAUUCGGAUCCCCGGCAGUAAAAAGGAGCGGCCACCCUUAUCGCUCUCCAAACACAAUACUAAUGACGGGUCCACUUCUUCUUCAUCCACAUCUCAUAAGUUUGAGGAACUUUCAUCAAAGAUCACCUCAGAGAAAGAGAUCUUGGCUCUAUUUGAAAAGAUGAUGGAGGACAUGAACUUGAGUGAAGAGAAAAAGACUCCUUUGAGAGAGAAGGACCUCAACACAAAGAGAGAAAUGGUCAUCCAGUAUAUUUUUACUGCCUCUAAAACUGGCAGCUUGAGAAGCAGCCAUCAGAUAUCUCCCCAGGAAUUCCUGGGAGAGCUGAAGUCGGGGGUGAUGGACGAACGUCUGUUUGCCUGUCUCGACUCGCUGAGAGUGUCGCUUACCAGCAACCCUGUCAGUUGGGUGCAGAGCUUUGGGCAUGAGGGUCUCGGACUGCUGCUGGACGUUUUAGAGAGGUUGCUGUUCAGGAAACCGCAAGAGAAGCUUGACAAAAAGAAUCAACACAAAGUUGUCCAGUGUCUCAAAGCCAUCAUGAACAAUAAGUAUGGCUUGGAUCGAAUCCUGGGGGAGGAGAAGAGUCUCUCGUUACUGGCAGGAGCCAUUGAUCCCUCCCAGUCUGCCAUGAUGACUGACGUGAUGAAGCUGCUGUCAGCCAUCUGCAUUGUGGGCGAAGAGAACACUUUGGAAAAGGUCCUUGAAGCGAUCACCACAGCAGGGGAGUGGCGAGCCAUGGAGCGCUUCAGUCCCAUCGUCCAGGGACUACGAGAUCGUUCGGUUCAAUUACAAGUGGCAUGCAUGCAGCUCAUCAAUGCACUAGUAACAUCCCCUGAUGAGCUGGACUUCAGGCUGCACAUCAGAAAUGAAUUUAUGCGCUGUGGCCUGAAAGAGAUAUUGCCGCAACUGACUACCAUCAGGAAUGAGGGCCUUGACAUUCAGCUCAAGGUGUUUGAGGAGCACAAAGAAGAGGACAUGAUGGAGUUCUCUCACAGGCUGGAGGACAUCAAGAGCGAGCUGGACGAUGUGGGGGAUGUGUUCAGUAUUGUGCAGAGUAUGGUGAAGGACAGCAGUGCGGAGCCCGAUUUCCUCUCCAUACUGCAGCACCUGAUGCUCAUACGCAACGACGACGUGGUCAGGCCCCAGUACUUUAAGAUCAUCGAGGAGUGCGUGUCCCAAAUAGUGCUGCACCGUAGCGGCACUGACCCAGACUUCAGUUACCGCAAGCGCCUCGAUGUGGACUUCAGCCACCUCUUAGAGGUGUGCAUAGAUAAAGCUCGAAGUGAUGAGUACGAACAAAGAGCUUCAGAACUGGAACAGAAGUUCGAAGAGGAGUUUCUAAGUAGACAGCAGGGGCAAGCUCAGCUGGUUAAGUGUGAUGAAAAAAUAUCUGAACUCCAAGCAGAGCUGCAGGCCUUCAGAUCCCAGUUUGGAGCUGGACCUGUGGUUCUGUCCUCCGCCCAUGUCGGACAAGCAUCAUCUUCCUCAGCGCUCCUGUCUGGGCCUCCUCCUCCUUGUCCCCCACCUGGCAUGGCCGCUCCUCCUCCUCCGCCUCCUUUACCUGGUUGUCUUGCGCCACCUCCGCCACCUCCGCCACCCGGAGGGCCUCCUCCUCCCUUUGGUGCUCCCCCCCCACCCCCUCUCGGGUUUGGCGGUGGUCUGGGCUCCCCCACUCAACAGGUGCUGCCUUAUGGCCUCCGGCCGAAGAAGGACUUCAAGCCUGAGACCGCCAUGAAGCGCUUCAACUGGUCCAAGAUUCGUCCCCAGGAAAUGUCCGAGGGCUGUUUCUGGGUGCGGGCCGAUGAGAACCAAUACGCGAAACCAGAAUUACUCGACAGAAUCGCUCUCACUUUUAGUUCACAAAGAACAGCCAAAAAAGAAGAGGAUCUGGAGGAUAAGAAAUACAUAAAGAAGAGAAUUAAAGAGCUCAAGGUGCUCGAUCCCAAGAUAGCACAGAAUCUUUCCAUCUUCCUGGGUUCCUUCCGUAUGCCUUAUCAGGAAAUCCGCCGGAUGAUAGUGGAGGUGGAUGAGGAGCAACUCACUGAACCUAUGGUCCAGAACCUUGUGAAGCACCUCCCGGAGCAGGAGCAGCUGAACGCCUUGGCCAAGUAUAAAAAUGAGUACGCAAAUUUGUCCGAGCCGGAGCAGUUUGGGAUUGUGAUGAGUAGCGUGAAGCGCCUGCAUCCUCGCCUCAGCCACAUCCUCUUCCGGCUGCAGUUUGAGGAGCAGGUCAACAACCUGCGUCCAGAUAUCCUGGCUGUAGACGCCGCUUGCAAUGAGGUCCGGAAGAGCCGUUCCUUCGGCCGCUUGCUGGAGCUGGUGCUGCUGCUGGGGAACUACAUGAACGCAGGCUCUCGAAAUGCCCAGUCAUAUGGCUUCGACCUCAGUUCCCUCUGCAAGCUAAAGGACACCAAGUCGGCGGACCAGAAGACCACGUUGCUCCAUUUCCUGGCGGAAGUAUGUGAGGAAGAAUUUCCAGAUGUGAUCAAGUUUGUUGGAGACCUGGAACAUGUGGACCGAUCUAGCAGAGUGUCUGCAGAGAACCUGGAAAAGAGCCUCAGGCAGAUGGAGAGGCAGCUGCUGCAGCUGGAGAGAGACCUGGAGACUUUCUCCUCCCCCGAUGACCCAAACGACAUGUUCUUCACUAAAAUGGAAAGCUUCAGCAAGGUUGCCAGGGAACAGUAUGGCAAGCUGGUGGUAAUGCACGGCAACAUGGAGACGCUCUAUCAGAACAUGCUCGAGUACUUCGCCGUUGAUCCCAAGAAGACCUCUGUGGACGAGCUGUUCACUGAUCUCAGCAACUUCCGUGCCAUGUUCGCUCAAGCGCUGAAGGAAAACCUGAGGCAGAGGGAGGCGGAGGAGAAACAGAGAAGAGCGCGGGCGGCAAAGGAGAAGGCUGAGCGUGACAAGCAGGAGAGACAGCAGCAGAAGAAGAGGAGGUUGCUGGAAGGCAAUGCAGAGAAUGACGAGACCGGUGUGAUGGAUAGUUUGCUGGAAGCCCUCCAGUCAGGAGCAGCAUUCAGAGACCGCAGGAAGAGAGCGCCAAGACCCAGAGAUAACCAGCAGAAGACCAUCAGCCCCAGCUCCUUCCGCCAGGUUCUCAGGCCUGUUAAUCAUGAAAACAACAGGGCACCUUUGCAAAGGUCUCGCUCUCGGCAGAAUAUGAAUUCAGGAGGUUCGGCGGCGGUGAAAGCUCCCCCUGCCAAGGAGGCCCAGAACGAGUCUCUGGGCCAUCCAUCCCGAGCCAAGGCAGCGGCGUGUUCCGAGUCGGGCCGCCGGUAUAGGAACGCCCCGGGUCUCGGCCACUGGCUGGACAGAGAGACGGCGAGGCCCCCUGAGAAAGAGAAGGAGGUGCAAGCGGAGGCUCCGGCCUUCCGGUCGUCCCCCGCCGGUGCUGCCGUCAGCGGCGAGUCCGAUCUGGAGGCUCUGCUGGCCCGACUGCGAGCCUUGUGAGGUGUGCACGCCGCCUCUGAGGACGCAGAGCGCCCACCGCCGUGGUCACGCACUCUGAACCUGACCAAAGGGAUUCCGCUUCGACAGUUUUGUACACACGCAGAAAAUGUAGUUAGUAAGACGACGUUUUGAAAGACUUGAGUGAAGGUCGUAGCGCUAAAUAGCCAAACAAGUUCCAAGAUAUUUAAAUUGGCUUCAUAGAAAAUAAUUUGUUUGAAUUGCAAAAGAAGAUUCCAGUUGGUAGAGAACAGCUAAUGUUUCUUCAUGAAAUAGAUAAUAUAUAUUGACAAAAGUUGUGAUUUAAUGGUUGCACUUAAGCAUUUUAGUGUCAAACAUUCCAGUUUAAAUGAGAAAAUGCACCUGAUGCUGUAAAGUGCACUGCCAAAAAACAUUCAAAUCCUUUAUAUAUUCCGAAGAAUUGGAAUAUAUCAGGUUUUCUCUUGAAGUAAAAGAUGCAAUGUUGUUAAGCACGUUCUUUCUAUGCAAUUUUAUAUAGAAAUUAUAUCACAUUUAUUUUCACAUUGGAAGUUCCUAUCAUUACCUCUGUCAUUUAUUUUACAGCUUUAUCAUAUGAUCUUGCCCUCCCUACAUUUUAGUUUUCAAUUACACCAUUUAUUUUCAUAUACAUGCGACAAUUAAAUGAGCGUCAGCUUACGUCUGCAUUUAUCUCUCUCUGUAUUUAACUAUUUGUGUCUUUUUUUCUUUCUUUUUCCUUCUUUGAGUCUUUUUUCCAGUCCUGUGAUCUUUUAUAUUCAAAGUAUUAAUCUGAUUGUUUGUAUUCUAGAAGAAAAACAAUAGUUUUCUGCAUUCUAUAUAGCACAAAGGACCGACACAUACGAGAUAAAACAUAACAUUGUAUGUGCAUGUUAUAACAGCAAUUUGAUGUCAUUGACAAGUUUAUUUAGCAGAAUGGGAACACUAUCCGAGUAUUAUCGAUCAAAAUGUGGCACAAAAUAAACUAAAGUUCAUCCAGCCUCGAGUUACUUCCGUCUCCAUCUCCCAAACAUUACUCAUAUCUUAAGCAUAUUUGUUGUAUUUGCUCACUUUUAUAGAAACAUUUACAAUAAAAUGAAACGAAAAAUG